UUCAAGUGAAGUGAAGUGAAGUAACAUAGGCCGUCAUUAGUUUUCAGAAUUUUUGUUUUGUCAUGUCGCGAACAACUAGUGCCGGUUUUGAUCGCCAUAUAACUAUAUUUUCGCCUGAAGGGCGAUUAUAUCAAGUUGAAUAUGCCUUUAAAGCUAUUAACCAAGGUGGAUUGACAUCUGUUGGUUUAAAGGGCAAGGAUGUUGCCGUUUUAGUAACACAAAAGAAAGUACCUGACAAGUUGUUGGACCCAAGUUCUGUUUCUCAUAUUUAUAGUAUAACUGAGUAUAUAGGAGCUGUAAUGACUGGACUUGUAGCUGAUGGCCAAUCUCAGAUUUUGAGAGCACGUUAUGAAGCUGCAAACUGGAAAUAUAAAUAUGGUUAUACCAUUCCAGUUGAUAUGUUAUGUAAGAGAGUUGCCGAUAUAUCGCAAAUCUACACUCAGAAUGCUGAGAUGAGACCUUUGGGAUGUAGCAUGAUGUUAAUUGCGUAUGAUGAAGAACAUGGGCCUCAAUUAUACAAGGCAGAUCCUGCUGGUUAUUAUUGUGGAUAUAAGGCUGCUAGUGUUGGUGUAAAGCAAACUGAGGCAAACAGUUACUUAGAAAAGAAAUUCAAGAAAAAAUCUGUAUAUGAGCAUGAUGAAGCUAUCCAGCUUGCUAUAUCUGCACUUGCAACUGUGUUGUCUGCCGAUUUUAAGCCAUCGGAAAUUGAAGUUGGUGUUGUGUCUAAAGAUCAGCGUAAAUUUAGGAAACUGACUGAGUCUGAAAUAGAAUUUCAUCUGAAUGCUAAUGCCGAGAAGGACUGAAAGCAGAAGUUUCUUUAAUUUUUCAUCUUUUGUUGUUUUUUUUAAAAAACUUAAGUGUACUUUAAAUAAAUGGUUCUUUUGUAAGA